UUCAGCAUGUCUAGACAAACGUCAAUGGCAGCUUGACAGCUCUCGGAUUUUACCAUCCUUAGCCAUUCCAAAGUUAAAUUUUCGAUUGCACUUCAUCUGUUUUCAUUAAUUUAACGAAAUGGCAGCCGCAAAGUUACCGGCAUUAGUAAGCUCGGCUAUGGCCCAGGCUCGCCCCAAAUUCAAUAUCUUCAUGAAGUACGCUCGCGUUGAAUUGGCACCCCCUAAACUCAGUGAGAUUCCACAGAUCAAGGCUGGUAUUGCUAAGCUCUUAACAAGUGCCAAGUCUGGAGCCUGGAAGAACCAGACAGUGAAGCAGGCCUCAUUGAACGCCCUCGUCGGCGCUGAGGUGAUCUUCUGGUUCUACAUUGGAGAAUGCAUCGGCAAACGCCACAUUGUUGGUUAUGAUGUUUAAGUUAUCAAUAUAAGAGCAAGUCUGUAGAUAUUAUGUUCAGUAAAAUAAAUUAUUAAAUCAGCA